CAGCCAAUAGCGGCGGCGCUUGCUGCUUGCGGGAGCCAAUAGCGGCGAGGUUUGUUGCUGGGUGAGCCGAGCAGGCCGGGUGGCUUUUCUUUCAUUCGUCGCCGUGAUCUUCUCCCUUGUUUAGCGACAGUUAUUGUCUGGCGGAGCCAUGAGGGGCGACAGAGGCCGUGGUCGUGGUGGGCGCUUUGGAUCUCGGGGAGGACCUGGCAGUGGGUUCCGGCCCUUUGUGCCACACAUCCCAUUUGAUUUCUAUGUGUGCGAGAUGGCUUUCCCACGGGUGAAGCCGGCCCCGGACGAGACUACCUUCAGUGAAGCCUUGCUGAAAAGAAACCAGGACCUUGCUCCAACCUCUGCAGAACAGGCUUCGAUUCUCUCCUUGGUGACCAAGAUCAACAAUGUGAUUGAUAACUUGAUUGUCGCGCCAGGAACCUUUGAAGUGCAAAUUGAGGAGGUGCGCCAGGUGGGGUCCUACAAAAAAGGCACCAUGAUGACUGGGCACAACGUGGCUGACCUUGUCGUGAUCCUGAAAAUCUUGCCCACACUGGAAGCUGUCGCUGCCUUGGGGAACAAGGUGGUGGAGAGCCUGAGAACACAGGAUCCGAGCGAAGUACUGACCAUGCUGACCAACGAGACGGGCUUUGAAAUCAGCUCUGCAGAUGCAACGGUCAAGAUCCUGAUCACCACUGUACCUCCCAACCUCCGCAAGCUGGAUCCGGAACUGCACCUGGAUAUCAAAGUGCUGCAGAGUGCCCUGGCAGCCAUCCGACAUGCCCGCUGGUUUGAGGAGAAUGCCUCUCAGUCUACGGUGAAGGUCUUGAUCCGCUUGCUGAAGGACCUCAGGAUGCGGUUCCCAGGCUUUGAGCCCCUGACUCCUUGGAUUCUUGACUUGCUCGGACACUACGCUGUGAUGAACAACCCCAGCCGGCAGCCCCUGGCUCUCAACGUUGCAUACAGGCGCUGCCUUCAGAUCCUGGCAGCCGGGCUCUUCCUUCCUGGGUCCGUGGGCAUCACCGAUCCCUGUGAGAGCGGGAACUUCCGCGUCCACACAGUUAUGACCCUGGAACAGCAGGACAUGGUUUGCUACACCGCUCAAACCCUGGUCCGCAUUCUCUCGCACGGCGGGUACCGCAAGAUCCUUGGGCAGGAAGGAGACGCCAGCUACCUGGCUACAGAAAUGUCGACCUGGGAAGGGGUGAUCGUGACCCCGUCGGAGAAGGCUUACGAGAAGCCGCCAGAGAAGAAAGAAGGGGAAGAGGAGGAGGAGAACCAGGAAGAGACGCCUGCGGCCGAGGAGGAGGAGAACAUGGAGACUCAGGAGUGACCUCCCAGUCAGAUGCAGCCUGCCUCCAAACCCGGUGGGCGAGCCAGCUGAAGAGGUUGUAGUACAGGACCAAGCCGGAGUCCUUCCUGUCCGGUUAUUUCAAGUCGUCUUGGUUUUUAUAGUUCUUCCCAUUAAAAAUGCCUUUCCCCCUCCCGUUUAA